GGUGAUAUUUUCAGGUUGCACAAAACCGUGGAGACAGUAACAUUUCACAGAUAAGCAUCACAUUGGUAGCCGGAUAAAACAUGUCAACGAGACAGGUGACCUGCAGGUAUUUUCUGCACGGGGUCUGUCGGGAGGGCAGCAGGUGCAUGUUCUCUCACGAUCUGGCCUCGAGCAAACCCUCAACCAUCUGUAAAUACUACCAGAGAGGAGUGUGUGCGUAUGGAGACAGAUGCAGAUAUGAUCACGUCAGGCCUGUCAGCCGCGGCCCAUCGGCGGAGCAGCCCAUCAGAAGCAGCAGCAGCAGCGCAGGAGCGUCGGCCCCGGGACCCGGACCCCCGUCAAACACAAGCAAACAUGCCAAAAAACCUCUGGUGCUGAGAGACAAAGCGCUGAGCUCUGACAGCAGAGCGGGGCCCGGUGUGAGGGACUGCUGGCACGACGGCGCUCACGGCAAACCUCACUCUUACCUGGAUGCCAUCCGCUCCGGCCUGGAGAGUUCGGCCGACCCGUGUCCCGACCGGGGCCAGCAGCCGCAGCUCUGCCCGUACAUGGCGGCGGGACCGUGUCACUACGGCGACAGCUGCCCCUAUCUCCACGGCGAUCUGUGUGAAAUCUGUCGGCUGCAGGUUUUGCAUCCGCACGACCCUGAACAAAGAGCAGCGCAUGAGAAGAUGUGCAUGACGGCCUUCGAGCUGGACAUGGAGAGAGCGUUUGCAGUGCAGCAGAGUCAGGACAAGCAGUGUAAGAUCUGUCUGGAUGUGGUGUAUGAGAAGACGUCUCCGUCGGAGCGGCGCUUCGGCAUCCUCUCCAGCUGCUGCCACUCGUACUGCCUGAGCUGCAUCCGGCAGUGGCGCUGCGCCGAGCAGUUCCAGAACCAGAUCCGCAAGUCCUGUCCCGAGUGCCGCGUGGUGUCGGAGUUCGUCAUACCCAGCGUGUACUGGGUGGAAGACCAGGAGGAGAAGAAUUUUAAGAAGCCCUGUAAAUACUUCGACCAGGGCAGAGGAACGUGUCCGUUUGGAGGGAAGUGUUUCUACAUGCAUGCGUACGCUGACGGGACACGAGCAGAACCAGACAAACCCCGCAAACAGCUGAGCGCAGAGGGGAACGUGCGGGUAGCUUCACACGAGCAAGAGUACUAA